AUGUGGGUCACCAUUGACAUUCAAGAAGCAUUCUGCGAUGCAUUUGAUACAGAACAAGCAUGUCAGGCAGGGCUGAUGACACGGUUUCUUACUGUUAACAGCAACCACAUCGACCAGCGUAACAUUGGCUUGGAGGUGCUUAUCUUAUGGGCCAAGAUGCGCCGCACCCAAGCUGAAAUCGAACUCUAUACAGUGGCCAUUCAAAAUGCCCGUGAAUUCGACUUCUCUGACAACACUAGUGUCUUGUCUUCUUCCAGUGGAUUUAUUCCACCACCUCGACCAGAUGAAUUGUGUUUCUAUGACGAGGACUGUGAUGAUGUGACUGAUGACUUUGAUGACUUUGAAUUUUGA